GGGUUUUGCUUGUUGCAACCUUGCAACUAAGCAGCCCCUCCCCCUGUCACAGGGCCUGUGUCAGGCAUUUGACAUGGCAAAAGCAACAUUGGCAAAAGUUACUGUUAUACAUGUUCUAGGAUGUUUUAACAGGGGACCAGUGAAUUUUGAUAGAACUAGGAAAGAUAAGAAGACCAGAUAAACUCCCAAAAUGGGCAACACAUGGCAACGAGUUGUGAAGAGGUUUAGCCAACAAGAAAUCAGAGUUCUUAUGGCCGGAAAGACUACCACACUGUACAGGAUGAAACUUGGGGAAGUUGUCACAACUAUUCCCACCCUUGGAUUUAAUGUUGAGACCGUCAGCUACAAAAAUAUUAACUUCACUACAUGGGACAUCGGAGGAAGAGACAAAGUUAGACCUCUUUGGAGACAUUACUUCCAAAAAGCUGAUGUACUCAUCUUUGUAGUGGACAGCAACGACAGGGACAGAUAAGAGGUCAAAGACGAGUUAUGGAGGUUCCUGACAGAGGAUGAGUUGAAUGAAAGCAUUCUUUUGGUGCUGGCCAACAAACAGGACCUCCCGAAUGCAAUGAGCACUGAAGAAGUCACUGAGAAAUUGGAUUUGACCUCCAUCAAAGAAAGAGAUUGGUAUAUCCAAGGCUCCUGUGCUACCAAAGGAGACGGUCUCUAUGAGGGACUGGACUGGUUGAAGUCGACACUCACUCAGCAAAGACUGAAAAAGACUAUGGUGAAGCCAGUCGGAAAGACAAUUCCAAGCUCAAAAAACUCUGUUAAGAACUCUUGGUGGACAUCUAUAGCUAGCUAUUUUGUGAGAGCUGCAUCUCCCAAAAUGGGCAACACAUGGCAACGAGUUGUGAAGAAGUUUAACCAACAAGAAAUCAGAAUUCUUAUGGUUGGCCUUGAUGCUGCCGGAAAGACUACCACACUGUACAAGCUGAAACUUGGGGAAGUUGUCACAACCAUUCCCACCAUUGGAUUUAACGUUGAGACUGUCAGCUACAAAAAUGUUAACUUCACUACAUGGGACGUCGGAGGAAGAGGCAAAAUUAGACCUCUUUGGAGACACUACUACCAAAACACCGAUGUACUCAUCUUUGUAUUGGACAGCAACGACAGGGACAGAAUUGAAGAGUGCAAAGACGAGUUAUGGAGGUUCCUGACAGAGGAUGAAUUGAAAGAAAGCAUUCUUUUGGUGCUGGCCAACAAACAGGACCUCCCGAAUGCAAUGAGCACUCAAGAAGUCACUGAGAAACUAGAUUUGACCUCCAUCAAAGAAAGAAAUUGGUAUAUCCAAGGCUCCUGUGCUACCAAAGGAGAUGGUCUCUAUGAGGGACUGGACUGGUUGAAGUCGACACUCACUCAGCAAAGACUGAAAAAGACAAUGGUGAAGCCAGUCGAAGAGACAAUUCCAAGCUCAAAAAACUAUGUUAAAAACUCUUGGUGGACAUCUAUAGCUAGCUAUUUUGUGAGAGCUGCAUAAUUUUCUUGUUUUGUGUAUAAUUAUGCUAGAUCUAGUCUA